CCUGAAGCACCCAUAACUCCUCCAGCUGUCCUACCCAUCCCAAACAACCCCGCCGUCCUCGUAGCUUCCUGGACAGGGUAAUUGUCGACCGUCUCUGCCGCCGCAAGCAACAGCAACAGUCUCUCCACCAUGACGCGAAGACUAGUCUACAGUUCCGGUUUAUUCCUAACCAUUGCCUGCACGGCAAUGACAAUAGCAAGCAUUGUCCUCCCUCGGUGGGUCAGCUAUAGCCCGAAGGACAAGCGCGAACUUUCCUAUGGCCUCCACACCCAUUGUUCGAGCAUCACGGGCAUAUGCAAACCCUUCCCACAAUUCGAAGACUGCGCGCGGGACAAAUGGAGUUUCUGCAGCAUGUGGAGGACGGUUGGCUUCCUAAUCUCCUUCGCUGUCGUCGUCGAGCUCUGCACACUCGUCACCUUCUUUGUGAUAAUCUCAGGAGGGGUCCAGCGAAGGAGCACCGGCUGGACAAUCCCAUGCUCGCUACUGUUGUUUGCAAGCAUCAUACAGUGUGCGGGUAUGGCUAUUGUGUCCUUCCUUUUUGACCACGACGAACGCUUCUUUGACGGCUGGUACCUGGACAACUCCUGGGUCCUCUGUACUGUUUCCUGGAGCGUGCUCUUCCUCACCAGUGCAGGCAUUACGGCCUCUGCAUUGUACCUGCCUGAAGAAGGCGGCUAUGAGCUAAUCCCCGACCGCUGCUACGACCUCGAGGUCGAAGAAGACAUGUACGAAGAAGAACCUCAAUGAUAACACGUACCAUUUCUUAUCUGGCUUAGAUUGCGAUCCCGGGUCAACGCUUGGAUGGUCGACACGUCUCGAUAACGACUGUAAACGUACACACAUAG